AUGGCACUUACCCCCGAAGAACAAUACGUCCAGCUCGUCGGUCGCAAGAACAUCACCGAGGAGGAAUACCUUUCCGUCUUUGACCAGCUCAAGCCUGUCGAACCAGAGAAUUUCAUGGGAAGUUGGAAGGGCGCCAAUGUCAACUCCAACCAUCCGACCGAGCAGAAACUCUCAGCGAUGAGAUGGGCCGGAAAGGAUUUCAGAUCUACCGAGGACGUUGACCCGAUUAUGGUUACCAACGAUGAGGGCGCACGCGUUUGGAAUGAAUCAUGGGGCCAUGCACGCCUUCGCCAGAUCGAGUGGCGUGGUACUCUGUCCACGGCUAUGGUUUAUGAUGACUUCCCUAUUAUCGACUACUUCCGAUAUGUCAAUGAUGAUUUGUUGGCAGGUGCGAUGGAUGCGAAGACUGUGAAGGAGGGUACAUACUUUUUCUACUUGCACAAAUAG